AUGGCAUCUGGCCUACGGUAUUCCGGCGAGAUGUCCGGCUUCACUUUUCUCGAUGAGACCUGUCUUCAACAAUAUGGUCCAGAACAAGUCCUGAGCCAGAUGUUAUCGACAAAGUGCUACAUCUCUACCACUUCCUCCCUCGCCGCCCAGGAUACUGCCGAACUCAAGGGCGUCACGCAGGUAGGGAAGGGUCAAUGUGGUACUAUUUGGGCUUUGACUGGCACAAGCAACGUUUUGAAGGCCGCGAAUGAGGACAAGGAGGACCAGUUGUACAACGACUAUUGCAAACAUGCCCGUGUCGAAGAGGCCCUCCAGCAAACAUUUUCACGCUUCAGACGUAACAUCAACCUACCCAGCCUAGGCACCUGGAUCGGACCUCGCAAUGAGAGGUUCUGGAAUGAACACCGUGGCGUCCCACCUACGGAUGGCAUCCUCUCCGAACGGAUCCUUCCAGUUCCAUUCCCAGUGCGCUCGGCUCUUGUGGACGCCUUCGCACCCAAAGGUGUCAAACAAAACAAGGAGAGCUUCUUAUCGCAACAGGAAAAUCAGGACUGCUUGAUCCGCAUUUAUCUGGGUCGAAGACAAAGUCGACCAACAAGUAACGCAUUCAGACUCCGCAACUUCGACAUGACGGUCAAUGAGAUGGAAUUCUUGCGACUCGACACUGUCCUGUACGCCGAGACUCUGGCACAGACGUUAGCAAUCAUCCACUGGAACGCGAAACUUGAUGCCAACGAUGUGGAGUUCGUUUUCGGCCGUGCGUCGGCUGGAAAGAGACGACCUCUCGCCGCAGAACUCGAGGCCAUGAGCAGGUUUGACCUGGAAAGGCUCGCUUCUGAAGUCGACUUUAGACACCGAUCGAUCGGCAUUUGGCUCCUCGAUUUUGAUCAGUGCAAGGCUUUUCCGGAGGAUAUGGAUGGUGUCAGACAGCUCGAACGUGGCUUUUAUUUCAACGACCCCUACUACCCUCGUCCGGUCUCCGAGCACCCAAAGGACGUUGCAUUGUGGAAUGCCUUCAAGGAGAGCUACCUAGUCACGAGUGCUGCUUUUACGACGAGUGCCAUGCCAAAUCAAUUUAUUGAUGCUGUUGAAGCAGAGGGAAGAAAGAGAAGACGUGGUGGUUCUAUAUUCCAGUAG